AUGUCGUUUCUCCUGCCUGGUCUUCGCCGAGGCCUGCUGCUCAGCACGCCACUCAUUCUCUCGACACCUCUGCUGGCAUAUCAACUUCGCAAUGGACAGCGCAUUCGCUGUGAUGGCCCCGAUCCCCUCACCAAAAUUACCAAUGACUUGAAGAGCAACUACACCACCGAAGCAAAAACGCCCGUCAUCACUCAAUCAGGUGUGAUGAAUCCCGAGACAGUUCAACAAAUUAGCAUGGGAAGUAUUCUGGGUGUGAUUGGAGGAAUAGGACUCAGUGUCUUUAGCAGGCCAUUGGCCAUAUUGAUCGGGUUGGGCAUCUUUGCUGUGCAGACCAUACGGUCCAUGCUUCGAAAGGGGAAGUUCAUCGAAUCGCGCGGUAUCCACAUCAUACCGUAUGCAUUUCUCCAGCGCCGCAUCAAGUCGGUGAACAUCCAGUCGCUGGUCCGGGACAACGUUGCUUUCAAGUUGUCAUUUGGCCUCACAUUCGCCAUGGCAGCAUUUUCAGAGUUCUAA